AUGUUGCGCACACCAGCCUCCAACCUGCUGCGCAAGAGCUUGGUGCGCAGCACUCCCGCCCUGGCCUCGCGAGCUGCCUCGACUCACGCCAUUUCCAACCCUACCCUCGCCAACAUCGAGAAGCGAUGGGAGGGCAUGCCUCUCCAGGAGCAGGCCGAGCUCUGGAUGGCUCUGCGUGAUCGCAUGCAGUCCAGCUGGACCGACCUGACCCUCCAGGAGAAGAAAGCCGCUUACUGGAUUGCCUUCGGUCCUCAUGGCCCCCGUGCUGUUGACCCCCCUGGAACCAAUGCCCGCAUCGCCUGGGGUGUUUUGAUUGGUGUCGCUGCCAGUGUUGGUAUCUUUGGUGCCAUCCGCCUGGCCGCCAAGCCCGCUCCUUACACCAUGACCCAGGAGUACCAGGAGGAGACCAACGAGUUCCUCAAGAACCAAAAAUCCGAUCCUUUCACUGGUAUCACUUCUCCCGGUUACGCUGGCAAGGGUAUGGUCCAGUCUCCUCCUAAGGCCAACUAA